AUGUCCACUCAUACUUCAGUAAUGACCGAUCGACGUAGUGGCAUGAUCCCUUCACUCAGUUAUCGGCAAACCACCAGCACUAUUGUCAGUCGAGCCGUGGCUGCUGCUGCUGCCAACAAUCAUCAUCAUUCAAUCCGACGUGGUGGCGGCACUGGACGUGGCUCCAAGCGUUAUUCAGUCUCUGCAUUUUAUUCCAUGGCGGCUGAACAGGAUGUUGAAGUGCAUGAUGAGCUGGCCAAGGCUCAAUGCACUCUACGCGAAUUGAAAUCAAACAUCUCAGCUCAAUCCAAGCAAAACUUUGUCCUCGAACGCGACGUACGUUUCCUUGAUUCGCGUAUCGCGUUACUUAUCAAUCGAGCAUUGGAUCAAAAUGAAGUAGCUUCCCAUCUCGAUGAUGCAGAUGACGACGCGAGUGGCCAUUAUCUCGAAGAAAGGCGCAUGCAACAAUAUGGCAACUUGUUCUUUUUAUUGCAAAGCGAACCUCGUCACAUUGCAAGUCUAUGUCGUCUCGUCAAUCUUGCCGAAAUUGACACCUUGCUUCAAACCGUCAUGUUCACGCUGUAUGGUAACCAAUAUGAGAGUCGUGAAGAGCAUUUACUGCUCAGCAUGUUUCAGAAUGUUCUGGCUGCCCAAUUCGAGACCACCACUGAAUUCACUUCUCUAUUACGUGCAAACACGCCCGUAUCACGCAUGCUCACCACUUAUACACGUCGUGGCCCUGGUCAAUCCUAUCUCAAAUCAGUAUUAUCGGAACGGAUCAAUCAAGUAUUGGAAAACAAGAAUGAGAAUUUGCAAAUCAAUCCUUUGAAGGUGCAAGAAGAGAUUUUGGAUCAAUUGGAACAAGAGCAUGGUGAAUUACCUGAAGGUGUGAAGAAAAGUACUUCAGCAGAGGAAGCAGCCACUGAUCCAAUGGUCAAGGCUAUGGUUGAACCACGUCUCAAACGUUUGAUGGAGAUUGCAGACUCGUUCCUGGAUACGAUUAUUGCAUCCUUAGACAGCGUUCCAUAUGGAAUCAGGUGGAUCUGCAAACAAAUCCGAUCUCUCACUAAGCGCAAAUACCCUGAUGCCAGCGAAUACGCCAUUUGCUCACUCAUUGGUGGUUUCUUUUUCUUGCGUUUUCUCAAUCCUGCCAUUGUCACACCACAAGCCUAUAUGCUUAUUGAUGGUAAUCCAAGCAGUCAUCCAAGGACAACCUUGACCAUGAUUGCCAAGAUGUUACAGAACCUUGCCAACAAGCCAUCUUAUGCCAAGGAGUCAUACAUGAUCCCAACCAAUGCAUUUGUGGAGAGUAAUAAGCAACGCAUCAACAAGUUCCUGAAUGAUCUUUGUGAAGUGGGUGAUUUUUAUGAGACAUUGGAAAUGGAUCAGUACAUGGCGCUUUCGAAGAAGGAUAUUGUCAUCAGCAUUACACCCAAUGAGAUUUACAACACGCAUUCACUGCUUCAACAACAUAUGGAUGUAUUGGCACCCAACAAGGAGGAUCAUCUUCGUAUAUUGUUGUCAGAGGUUGGCCCAGCACCACAACAAGUACCCCGUAAACAAAACAAGGCAUUUGAGCUGCCACUCUUUAGUCGCUGGGAAAUGCCAAUUCAAGAUUUGACCACGACGCUCAUGUCUGAAAACAACAUUACGCAAAAUGAUAUCCUGUACAUGGAAGCCAAAGCGAUCUUUGUUCAACUGCUACGUUCAUUACCUCACCUUGCUCGACAACCUCUAAGAUUGGAACGCAUCGCAGAAGCGGCUGGUACCGCCAAUGAUGCUACGCUUGUGCACAAGGGUAUCAAGGUCAAGGAAAUGUUGGUGGAAUUGGAACAGGCAGGCGUGGUAGAGAAAAGUGAUGGCUACAGCGUUCUUGUGGAGGAAAUCAUGCAGGAGCUGGCUCAUUUGGGUGAUCUCAAAGUCAAGGUCAUGGAAGAGAUGCGAUCACUGCAAAGCGUCUACAAGACUAUCCAAGAUCACAACAACUACCUUACAAGCCAAUUGGAGACGUACAAGGCAUAUUUACAGAACGUGCGUAUCCAAAGUGGUGGUGGUGACAAGUCCAACAAGAACCAAGUGGGCAUUGGUGUCCAAGUGGUGGAUGGCAAAGUCAAGCAAAAGGCAAACAAAUCACAUACUCAGGGUCCUGUCAAGUUUUCCCAUCAGCAGCUUGAAAGAGAAGGCAUCAUUGUUGAGACCGAAGUGCCAGAAUAUAGGAGGAAUAAUAUCUUUUUGAGCAUUUCAUCACCCAUCCCGGGUACUUUUAUUAUCUCGAUCCAUUACAAAGGACGUGACAAGCCUAUCCUGGAAAUUGAUCUCAAAUUGGAUGAUUUGUUGGAGAAGCAGCAAGAUCAUGCACAAGUGUUGGACCUUGAAUACAUCAAAUUGGACAUACCAAAGACGCUCAAUCUCCUUACCAAGACCUUUUUGUCCAAGAGCAAAGUGGGUUUCUUUUCGUAA